UACUUCUGUUGCGAUUGUAUGAUUCCUCCUUUUUGCAAUGUCUGCUUCAAGAAGAACGAUCACAAAGACCAUCUUAUCAUUCAAGCAUUUAGAUGUUCAAACCAGACAGGAGUAAGGAAAGACUUCAUAUCAAAAUAUAUGGACAUAUCUGGGAUACAUAUGUUUUCUGUGAACCGGUCUUGGAUAGUUUUUAUUAAUCAGAGAUGUGAAAGUGACGUUCAUUGUUUUAGAAACAAUGUUUCACAUAGAUGCAAAGUCUGUGGAUGGGCUUUUGAAACUGCUUCUUCUGCUUUCUGUUCUGUAGAAUGCAAGUUUAGGAGCGUUCUUGGAUCACAACUCGAUGACAUGAUGGAGAGUUCAGAUGAUGUUGAUGAACCCGUUGUGAAGAGAAAGGAGAGUUCAGAAGAUGCGUCUGAACCCAUUAUGAAGAGAAAACAUAGGAGGAAAGGGACUCCAUACAGAUCUCCAUUCUACUAGGAUUUAAACUCCAAAACGAGUUUCAUACAUAUGUGAGGGUUUAAGAGGUUUGGAGAUU